AUUCACGUGAUCAAAACAUAAUCAUGGCGGUCUCCGCUGGAGUUCGGUCGAGCGUGGGGCUGACUUUGAGACUUUCUAGAGUUAUACCAGAUUGUAGCACAUGUCCUUUCAACAGGUUAAAUAGUUAUUUGAAUGGUAUAGCUAGUUCGUCGAAUGUUGAUCGUUUUCGGACGUUGAACCGACACUUGCAGACAUCCAAAGGUCUGUACCACAGUGAGGCGGGUGCAAGUGCAGAAGACCCCCAAGAAGAGGUGGUGAAUGUGGUGUACAUAGAUAGAUCAGGACAGAGGAUUCCAGUGAAGGCCAAAGUGGGAGACAAUGCAAUGUACCUGGCCCAUAGGCACAACAUUGAACUGGAAGGUGAGUGCUAAUAGGGUUUGUAAUGACGUCCUGAGAGAAUUCAGGUCAAAAGUUGGUGAUUGAUUUCUCCAUUAUUGUAUUCAUGAAAACAUUUUUUUAUUUUAUUUAACUAGGCAAGUCAAAUUCUUAUUUUAGAAUGAUGGCCUACACCGGCCAAACCCGGACGGCGCUGGGCCAAUUGUGCACUGCUCUAUGGGAUUCCCAAUCACGGCCGGUUGUGAUACAGCCUGGAUUCAAACCAGGGUGUCUAGUGACGCCUCUAUCACUGAGACGCACUGCCUUAGACCGCUGCGCCCGGGAGCCACACUUACAUCUUGUUUCUUUCUUCCUGUCCAUGUGUGAUUUUAAGGAGCUUGCGAGGCAUCACUAGCUUGCUCAACGUGCCACGUGUAUGUGAACAGAGACCAUGUCGACAAGCUACCAGAGCCUGACGAAAGAGAGGAUGACAUGCUGGACAUGGCCCCAGCGCUACAGGAGAACUCCAGACUUGGCUGUCAGAUCAUCCUCACCCAGGAGCUGGAGGGCAUCGAGCUUACCCUGCCUAAGGUCACCAGGAACUUCUACGUGGACGGCCAUGUUCCCAAACCACACUGAGGACACUACACUCCACACUAGCACCCUACUUAGUGUGAAGCAAUGUAUUGGGCAUGGAUGCUUAAGUAGUAUGGAUGUUUACACUCCACACUAGCACCCUACUUAGUGUGAAGCAACGUAUUGGGCAUGCAUUCUAAGUAGUAUGCUAGUAUGGAUGUUGGAACACGGCCCCUCAGGACUGAGUCGAAAGAGAGAGUCGCUUGAAGGAUCCCUCCCAAGUCAAGAAUGCUCUUACAUAUCCACAUGACUGUGUGACCGAAGACAAAAGCUAUAUACCAGUCACUGGCUGCAUUUAGACAGCGCCCCUGAUGGGAUUGGUCAAAAGACCAAUUAGUGGAAAAAAUAUCAGAAUUGGGCUGCCUGUGUAAACACAGCCUCUGAAGUGUGUUGUAUUUGGCUCACACUGAAAGUAAUGCUGAUUGUGGAAGAGUUAGAUGGUUUUCAGCAUUCAUGUAUAAAUAUGUCAUGUGUAUAGAAGAGUUCUCAGGCCAAGAUUGAGAUGUCUAUCAAACCGUUCAAUGUCACAAACAGUUCUUUGUUUCAUAGUAACGGAGUCAGCAUUUCAGAAAGGCCUGUUGUCAUUGCUAUGCAAAUAACUUUGUCCUUGAAUAGAACAUUCCAUGUUACAACUCAUUUACAAAGGUCAACAUACACACAUCUCAGGUGGAGCUUCCAAAUAGUCUUGUCUCUACAAUAACAGCACUCGCAUACAGCUAAUGAACAGGAUGUUAUGUGUACGUAUACAUAGCUUUCACCAUUAUAUCUACUUUGGGCCAGUUUCUAGGAAUUCUACUCUUGUGGGUGUGUGGUGAUUAGUCAAGACCGUAACAAGCCCAUCCACAACACUGAAAGCCCUUUCCCUACAUAAAGCCUGUCAGGAAUCAUUAACCGUCUCUGAUGUAGCACUUUUGCAGUGUGUUUUGUAAGCAGAGGGCAGCUUGAGAUCGAUUGGAAUGGAAAGGGUUGAAUCUGUUAGAUAACUGAUGAUGCCAAGGAGAUACUUGGGCUGCAUUCACACAGGAAGCCUCAUUUUGAUAUUUUUUCCAAUCACAGAUCAUUGCACAUCAAAGCUGAUCUGAUUGGUCAAAAUGCAGCCUAAACCAUUUUAAACUGACAGAUGCAUUUUGUCCAAUUCCCAAGUCAUUUCUGUUUCUGUCCAUCCAGACCCAGUAAUGAUUUGCCUUGUCAAUUCACCGUUAGUAGUCUCAUAACUGUCCAUCAAAAAACACCUGUAUCCAGUAUUAGUUGGCUCCUUUAUGAACCUGGAAUGCUUUCACUUGUACUGUAAUUAAUGUCUGUCAUACGCACAAAACAUGUAGGUGUAUUAUGUAUAUAUGGUAUAUCUCAAAUUUGCAAGUCUAUUUUAGAUUUGUGCAAUAAAAAUACCAAAAGUUUGUACUAGUCUGUCUUAAGCCCUAUGCUUUUUAAAAACCACACUGAAGGCAAUUGAACACCACAAGUGCAGUAUUCAACACCAGUCCUUGAGAGCAGUUUAAAUCCUCAAAACCCAGGAAAUGGAAACCAAUUGCAUAGUCGACCAAUUAGCAAUAUCAUACAAGGGUCAAGAAAACCACCUCUGGCCCUUUGAGGACUGACUUUGAAUACCACUGCUAAAAUGGCUGCGUUUAGGCAGCCCAAUUCAGAUAAUUGGUAUUUUGACCCAUCACAGAUCUUUUCCCGAGCUGAUCUGACACCAAUUAGCGAAAAAUGAUCAGAAUUUAGCUGCCUUUCUAAACAGCCAAUGUGUCACUGCUAAAUACUGAUACAUUGUAUUUGUUUUGUGUGGGAGAUCAUUUUAAAUGGUUCAAGAUAAAGCAUCGCUAGUCAAACUCAACAGUAGACCUACAAUUUAUACCAAGAACCUCACUUCACGUGUUUUGUAAUGGAUGACUAUUCGUACAAAGCAUUACUAGCCUAUUUACCUGUAUGUAAAAACGUUUUAUAUAUAUAUACAGAAGAAACCGAGGCGCCACAAGGCCGACAAUUCGGGGAAAUCCAGAACGCAAAUCACCCAACCUACACUUUUAUGUGUUUAUGCAGGUCAAUCAACUUCAAUCACAGACAUCUGUGGCAUCCUGUAGGCCCAACAACAAAUGCAUUGCGGUAACGUGACUAUCAAUUUCCUGAAGCUAGUGAUCAAAUUGGGGGAAAUAACUUGUCUUCUCUCUCAAGACCGACUCAGUGAGAAAACCAAGAGUGAGUCUGCAUGUUGGCCCUGAUCGCCUUGACUGAGCAGUGAGCUCGAGCAAGACGUGUCAUCCUCAUUCAGGACGUCUAUCAAAUAGUAGAAUGCAGAUGGUUACGUUUUGAGGAGAAAUUCAUACAAUUUAACAAAGAGCCACUUACAGACCAGGCAGCCAAGGGACCAUGGAAGAUCCGGACACCCAGGAGGGCCUGCAGGUGACCCAGUCCACUAUCCUCUACCUCAUCCAAGAAGCCUCCAAGCUAGCAACUCCCACCCCUGUCCACAACCGCUCCGUAGACUCAAAGCCUAAGACUUUACCUGUAUCAAAUGAAAGGUCUAAAAAGAAUCAAGUGUCUGAUCAUAGACCUUAUCCUCCUCAGCACAAUUCCUCUCUCAUGAGCCUUCAUAACCAGCCUAAAGAUGACUUAGAACAAUGUAGGAGACAUACAAACUCAGUCCUGCCCAGCCUUCAUAGUAGCAGCAGUCCGUGGGAGUUGAUGAGCCUGAUCAACAUGCAGUGUGAGAGACUCCUCCAGUCAGAUGACCAAGAGGGAACCUCCGCUAGGGCUCAGUUGGUUCCUAUAGACUCUGACGAUCAUCCUCCUGAAGGUGUGGGGUACAGUAAGAACACUGUCCCUGUCUGCCCCACUCUAGUCAGUACCAGAGGGGAUUCUCCCCAUCCGCAUGUCGGGUCCAGGGGAGAGAUGGGGGAGUUGGGUGGAGGUGGUUAUUGCUCACCCACAUGUCCAGGUACCAGUUCUCAGACAUCACCGGAUGUCAAUGGCAGCUACAAAACUAAACCUGGUGUGGGAGCUUCAGACUCUGAGGUUGUAACGAACAAAGAAACCGGAGCCACAUUUUGUCUUAACGGUGAUGGAUUGUCUGUGAGUGAAGAAAGCAGAAAGGUCCCCUGUGCCUUAGUCAAAGACAACAACACAGUGAAGGAGGUCCGUCCUGAGGCAAAAGACGGGCUGUCAGUUAAACAUCCGUCUGUGUCAUAUAUAAACCUGUUUGGGCAAACGCUUGUCCACAAAGUAGCUACAAUUAAGGAUGCAGCAAGUCUGUCGUCUCCCUCCGUAGACACCAUGACAUGCUUACAUCCAGGCCCAGAAGAGCUGAACCUUAACAUGACCCUGGACUUCAACUCAAACAUAUGUUUUACCUUUGACCCCAAGGAAGACAUGCCACCAGCCCCAAACUCCUCUUAUAAUCCUAUGUUGCUCAUAUUGAACAGUGAAGCAGGGUCUGUGAAUGUGAACGAAAAGUCAGUACAAGAUGGCAGUUUUGCAGGCGUCAAAGCAGAGCUCAACGAAAGCUCCAUGGAAGAGGACACAGACACAGUACAAGAUCCCAGUAUUAUUACAGACUCUCCGUUGGACCUCACCCAAAGGUGCAGGGACUUGGAGGGACCCGCAGCCCCCCAGUCUCCCUCUCCGUCUGACCCCAUGUGGAGGUCCACCAAGGCCCCCAGGAAGCAGCUCCGUCCCAGCCGGAGUGUGGAUGUUGGAGACCCAGACUUCCAGGGAGUGACGUUCCGGAUGCAGACGGAGAUGGACGACAGCAGGGAGCAGUGUCGCCUUCUCAUCACCUCCAAGAAGUACAGUGAAGAGCUCUCUAGUGGUCCGACCAGGAGGUCACUGAGAGCAGGCAGGUCCCGUUCAUCCCAGAGUUCCAUGAGGACCAGCAGCUCUGAAGAGAGCGACCCCUCCUCCAAGAAUAAGAUCUGUGCCUCUUGCUGCACCAUGAAGACUCCUCUGUGGCGAGAUGCUGAGGAUGGUACCCCACUGUGUAACGCCUGUGGAAUAAGGUAUAAGAAGUACAAGGUACGCUGUCUGCAGUGUUGGCACAUCCCUAGGAAGGAGGGCAACUCCAACUCGCGCUGCUUCAAAUGUGGAAACUUAUCACGGCUGGCUACGUCCCACCGCAAGCACUCUGCCUUGUAGGGGAAGGGAACACACUUAGGCCUUGGCAUGAGGUCCUAGACAUUGAUACCACAGACAGUCCUCCUCCAGGUACAUGGUAAUUGGCCACACCUCCUGACUUUGACUCGUGGAGUUAUUUGAUCAUUUAUUGCAUCACAUACUGUCAUAGUGUGUCACGGUGUUGGCUGAGCCAUGGUGAGUCACAGUCUGAUGGGUCUGGCUGCUUUUAGCACUGUAGCGUGCGCUUGUCACUUUAGGAAGAAAGAGUUCAAAUGAAGAACAGUCUCCUGCUUGGAGGCUGUGUCUGACAAUAGACUGUCUGUCUGAAAUGACCCUGACAAAAGUAGUGCACUAUACAGGGAAUUUGGAGUCUCUGGCCAAAGGUAGUGCACUUUUGGGACUAAGGACCCAUGGCUCUGGCCAAAGACGGUGCCCUGCUUUACUGGGAAUAGGUAGCCAUUUUGGACUGUUUACUCCCCUUGUUUACUAGGCUUGACAUUGGUGCUAUCCAGUUUGUAUGUUACAUUAAGUUCAAUUAAUUUGAGUGAUAUAUUAUCUGUUCUUGUUUAUAAUUUUUUUCUAUUUGGUUGUUUCUGGACUGCCCUUAGCCUUAACCGGCUGGAUUAGAGAUGAAGCAAUUCCUUAUCUUGACUGUUUCCUGUAAACAAAUAACAAUAAACGUUUGUGUUAGUGUGUACUACA